UGCCAGGUGGGAAGGGCUGGGGGAGCUGCAGCAAUCCUCAUCCAUGCCGUGAGUUUGCCCGUUCUCUGCGCACUCUGAGGGGUCUGGGGACAGUGACAGACCCCUGUUUGAGGGGGUCUGUUUUGUUCCUGUUUGAGCCGUGUCCCACUGUGCUGGCCAGACACCCUCCAGCACGGCCCCUCCUCUCGUCCCUGCUGCCUGGGGAGCUGUAAUUAAGAUCUAGAACUCGUUAGCUGCAGCCCUGAGGGACAAAGGGAAUUGUUCAGCUUUUCCCAUUGCACCACAAAGAGCUCACACACACAGAGAGCAGGGGAAACCAACACCCCAUUUACACCUCCCUCCCAGCCUGCCACAGCCCCGAAACACGGGUGGGUUCCACUCAACCCCCCACCCACCACUUUUGCAGGGGGCUGGUGGGCUCCAAACCCCACGGCUGAGCCGUGAGUGGGGUUGUGUGGGGGGGGAUUCUGUCCUGGGACCCCCAAGAAGAGGCCAUUGAUGGGGAUGCUGGGCUGGCUGGCCCUGCUGGCCACCGGCAGAGCCACGGGUGACUCACGGGUGACACUCCGUAUGGCAGCUGGCCCCGUGUCCCUGAGUCACCACCCCCAAACUCGUGGCAAGUUGUCCCUGUGUGUCACCUCCACUGUGACACCGCGUGGCAAGGAGGUAGCAGCCCCCUGAGGACACUGCCACCAAGAAGACCCCAAAAAACCCCACUGGCCAGGAGGGACCUUCGGUGGCCCCAGCAGCUCCAUCCUCUGCUCCAAGGUACAGCUGCCCCACAGAGGAAGCCUCUUACUGCCACUGCAGCUGUCCCCGUCCCCUCCCCUGACGUCACCUCAGCUGGGUGACACCGUGGCUGGCUGGGUGCAGCACCCGGAGGUGGUGGUGGGGACUUUGAAGGCUCCUCCAGCCACUGCCAGAAAAAAAACAACCCGAUUUUUUUGGUCACCCCAGGACGGAGAAACCUCGCACUGAGACACCAGGCUGCUGGGUGACACAGGAUGAGCGAGGUGGCCGAGGAGCCGGGCAACCCUGCCCAUGCCCUCUUUGAGAGGUUCCUGCGUGCCGGGGAGUGUCGGGAGGUGCUGGGCAGUUUUGGGGAGCUCUGCAAGCAGCUGGGGCUGCAGGGCAAUGGGCUCCAGCUCUACCACGGCCUCAGAGCUUCCCUCAACUACUGGAGUGCCAAAGCCCUUUGGAGCAAGCUGGAUAAAAAAGCUGGGCACAAGGACUACAACCAGGGCACAGCCUGUGCCAGCAGCAAGUGCCUGGUGGUGGGGGCUGGUCCCUGUGGGCUGCGGGUGGCCAUCGAGCUGGCCCUGCUGGGUGCCCGGGUGGUGCUGGUGGAGAAGAGGGAAACUUUCUCCCGCAACAACGUCCUCCACCUCUGGCCCUUCACCAUCCACGACCUGCGGGCCCUGGGUGCCAAGAAGUUUUAUGGGCGCUUCUGCACCGGCACCCUGGACCACAUCAGUAUCCGGCAGCUCCAGCUGAUCCUGCUGAAGGUGGCUUUGCUCCUGGGGGUGGAGGUGCACAUCAAUGUGCAGUUCAAGGGUCUGGUCCCCCCUGAUGGCAAGGCGGGGGGGCAGGGCAGCUGGCGGGCAGUGCUGCAGCCCAGCUUAUGUCCACUCAACCACUAUGAGUUUGAUGUCCUCAUCUCAGCUGGUGGUGGCAAAUUUGUCCCUGAAGGGUUCAAGAGGAAGGAGACACGGGGGAAGUUGGCCAUUGGCAUCACCACCAACUUCAUCAACCACCACAGCCAGGAGGAGGUGGAGGUGGCUGAGAUCAGUGGCGUGGCCCGGAUCUACAACCAGAAAUUCUUCCAAAACCUCUACAACAAAACGGGCAUUGACCUGGAGAACAUCGUCUACUACAAGGAUGACACCCACUAUUUCGUCAUGACAGCCAAGAAGCAGAGCCUGCUCAACAAAGGAGUCAUCCUCCAGGACAAAGCAGACAUCGAGAGCCUCCUCUCCCCAGAGAAUGUGAACAGGGAAGCCCUCCUCAGCUAUGCCAAAGAAGCUGCCAACUUCUCUACCAACUACCGCCUGCCCCACAUGGAAUUUGCCCUCAACCACCGGGACCUUCCUGACGUUGACAUGUUUGACUUCACCUGCAUGACGCGCUCAGAGAACGCGGCGCUGGUGCGGGAGCAGCACGGGGCUCAGCUGCUCAUCGGGUUGGUGGGAGACUGCUUGGUGGAGCCCUUCUGGCCUCUGGGCACUGGGGUGGCCAGGGGCUUCCUGGCUGCCUUUGAUGCUGCGUGGAUGGUGAGGCGGUGGGCAGCUGGGACCCCCCCCCUGGAGGUGUUGGCUGAGAGGGAGAGCAUCUACCAGCACCUCUCACAGACCUCCCCAGACAACACCAACAAGAACAUCAGCCAAUACAGCAUCGACCCAGCCACACGCUACCCCAACAUCAACCUGCAGGCCAUCAAACCCAGCCAGGUCCGGGACCUUUACCUGGUGGGCAUGGUUGAGGUGGACCACAGGAAGCAGAGUGACAACCGGCUCAGCACUGUCUCUGGAGAUACCUAUGAAGAGCUGCUGAGCUGGUGCCAGGCCAGCACAGCUGGGUACCGUGGCGUGGAGGUGACCAACUUCACCACCUCCUGGACCAGUGGCUUGGCCCUCUGUGCCCUCAUCCACCACUUCCGCCCAGACCUGCUGGAUUUCAACUCCGUGGACCUCCAGGAUCCCAUCCAGACCCAUCAGAUGAUGCUGGACAUGGCAGAGCAGGAGCUGGGCAUCCAACCCGUGCUCUCCAGCACCGAGAUGGCCACCAUGGCUGAGCCCAACCGCCUGGGGCUCAUCACCUACCUCAGCCAGUUCUAUGAAGCUUUCAAGACUUCUCCAGAUGUGGCCACCAAGAAGUCACUGUCUCCCCGGGGCACACGAGGGGCCAUCCUCUUCCUCAGCAAGCUGCAGAAGAGCCGGACUCUGACCCAGAAACGCCCCCAGGAUGGUGCCCAGAGGGAUGUUGAGGUCAAGAGGAGCCGCAGGGACGUGGAGCCACCAUCCCGUGGGGACAGCAGUGACGCCUGCUACUUCUGUGGCCGCCGUGUCUACAUCGUGGAACGAGCCAGUGCCCAGGGACGUUUUUUCCACCGGGGGUGCUUCCAGUGCUGGCGCUGCGGGGCCACCCUGCGCCUGGGCGACUACACCUUCCACCAGGAGGACGGUCAUUUUUACUGCUCCCUUCACACUCCCAACCCCCCCGGCAUGGAGCUGCCCCAGGAGGAGCCCCCGGUGCUGCCCCCUGGAGAUGCUGCUGCCACCCACCUACCCUCAGACCCCAGGACCCCACCUGUGUCCCCCCCCAAUGAGGGGACACACAGCCCCCCACCAGAAGCCCCCCAGCCAGGGGCAGAGCUGGAGGACGCUGCAGAUGCUUCAGCCAUGGGAGAGGAGGAGCUGCUGGUCCAGCCUGAGAAGGAGGAUGAAGAUGAGGAGGAGGAAGGUCCCAGAGCAGAACCCCAAGGGAUGAUGGAAGAGGGUGAGGAGAGCAGGGGCAGGAGGAAAAUCAUCCUCACACCACUGGAGAAGCUCAAGUUGUCCACGCUGAACCUCACCAGUGAAGUGGAGCCCCAGGCUCCUCCAAAGCCAGCACGUCUGCGGCUGCCUGCAGCACCCGAGGCUCUCCCUGCCCCGUGGGAGGAGGAGGAGGAGAUGGUGGAGGAAGGUUUGGAGAGUGACAGUGAGGAAGAGGAAGAAGAGGAGGAGGAGGAAGGCAUGGACCUUGGCAUCGUGGCAGAGUUGUGCCCAGACCCGGGGGAAGAGGAGAAAUAUCCCACCUGGAAGCGCACACUGACCCGCCGGGCCAAGGAAGCCCAGAUGAAGCGGUUCUGCAAAGCCCAGGCCAUCCAAAGGCGGUUGGAGGAGAUCGAGGUGAAAUUCCGGGAGCUGGAGCAGCAGGGCAUCAAGCUGGAGAAGCUGCUCCGGGAUGAAGGAGGCAACCCGGCCGAGAAGAAGACUCAGUGGAUGAACCAACUGCUCUACCUGGUGCAGAAGAAGAACAGUUUGAUGUCUGAGGAGUCAGACCUCAUGAUCGCGGUGCAGGAGCUGAAGCUGGAGGAGCAGCAGUGGCAGCUUGACCAGAAGCUCCGGUGCUACAUGAACAAGGAGGAAUCCCUGAAGACAGCCGAGGACUGCAUGGCUGAGCAGGCAAUCCUGGCACAGCUGCUGGACGUGGUGAACCAGCGCAAUGUCCUCAUCCACAUCCAGGAGGAGAAGAGGCUCAGUGAGCUCCAGGCUUGAUCUGUGAUGUCCCAGCACCCGCUGGUUCCUCCCUGGGGAGUGGGGGACACACACAAGCCGUUCCCCCCCCCCCUUGCCAAGCAUCUCCCUGAGCAGCUUCUGAAGGUGUUGAUGGCCGAGCUGUCCGUAGGCAAAUCCAGGUCCCUGCUUUCCAUGGAGGGGCUUGGAUCCACUGGUGGACAUCUGUGUGGGGAGACACAGAGAAGCCCCCCCCCCAGCUUUGGGGUGCAGACGGGGUGUCCCCACAUUUGGCUGGAUUGCCUUUGCCUUGUGCUUGCUUGAAAAGAAGAUCUGUGGGGGACUCUGCAAUGCAGGGGCUGCCAACAGAGGAACCCCCAUGGGGAAAUGGGGUCUCAUCUGGUCAAGGAGGUCCCACAGCUGCCACUGCUUCAAGGAGACACUGUCUGGAGGCUUGGCCACAGCAUGGAAAGUGUUUUGUCCAGCAGAGCCCCUCGUGCUCAAGCUGAGCCUCAGGACAGGCUCCAGCAGCUCCUGGCUCCCAGUGGGAGAGUUGGCUCCAUCACUACCCAGCCCCCAGCACCCAAGGGCUUCACUCUCAGCAGUGAGGAUGUGACAGUGGCCACCACAGGCAGGUGACAGUGGAGAUCCCAAGUGUGGAGGGGCAGCACCUGAAGUAGACCUGGAAGCCACUCCAGGAUGUCCUUCCCAGCUGAGGACAUCGAUCCUAACCUGGCACAUCCAGCCCAGCCCAGGACAGCCAUCCUAACCCGGGACAUCCAGCCCAGCCCAGCCCAGGGACAUCCAUCUCAGCCAGGGACAUCUGGCUCUACAAGUGGGGCCAGCAACAGCCAGCCUGGGCUGAUCCCACCACUCUGCAUCGCUGCUUUUGGAUGCCACCUCCAUGCUGUCCCCAGCCACUGCAGGAAACCAGGGUCAGAAACCUCCCUGUGAGGCCCCUGGGCAGGAGAAGGAGCUUUUUGUCCAGCAGUUCCCCAAGGGAUUGUGCCCAAUGCUGAUACUCUGUGACAUCAAGAACAAGGGACACUGGCAGCUGUGUCCUUGUCCCUUUGGGGUUUCUCCUGCUUGGCAGCACCACUCUGGCCUUUGCACAAAGUUUUCAGACCUUUCUGGAGUCUCCAGUUGUUGUGGGGUGACCUCCAUGGUUGAACGGUGCUGCAAUGGGCAUGGGGAGGGUUUUGGGCAUGGGUCUUUCCUGUGCUCAGCAAUCAUCCUGUACCUUCCCCCCUUUCCCAUCUGCUUUUUGUUUGUAGCAGCCAUAUUACCCUGCUGUACCCACCCCUUCCCUUGAA